AGAAUGCAACCAUUGUGACAACGGGUACAAUCUAACCUCUUUGUAAAAACUACUUUUGGCCAGGAGCUGUGGGAGUUCAGCUGAGCCGUUGGAAUACAUUGUCUUUAUCUGGGUGCCCUAUCCCAGAGGCGGCUCUAACAGGGAAGGAAUUCCUCUAUCACAGCUCCCACAACAAAGAAGAAAGGGAGAGGAGUGAAGUGAAGGGAAGUGAAGAGACGGGAGGGGUGCACGGAGAGGGGAGAAGAGGACAUUGUUUGUCUGUGACUGUGGGCAACGGAAAAGCAUGAGUUAUCAGGGCAUGUGUGAGUGUGUUUAGAAAGUGUGUUUGUAUGUGAGCAUUGUUUAAUGAGUGGACCUGCCUGUUUGUGUACUGGAGGGAGCAUGCAUGUGUACGUGUUUGAGGAAGCUUCAGUUUGGGAUGAUGGAGGCUGUUCAAAGGAUGCUCAAACAAAGACGUUUGUUUUUUCUUUCUCACCCUUUUGAACGGUGACUGAAAGCUAGCCGGAUUCCUUGACUCAUACCAUUGGGUUCUGCUCUGCUUUAGGGUAGCUGAGGAAUCAUCUGCUUGAAUGGCCAAGGGGCCUAACUUCACCUAUUACCUCAGUAGCCUGUGGGCUGAAGGAUUAUGGGUAAUCUCAUCAGCAGGCCCAGUUGUCUGGGUCAGAAAUCUAAGCAUGUUAGGACUGAUGAAGGCUUCUUAAAGGAGUGCUACCAACGCCGAAAAGAGUGGCAACCCCCUGAACAAGAUGGCGCAAAAAGAGAGGAGGAUUUCAGGGACAAACCCAGAGAGAAUGGAAACAAGAAAAAAGAGGUGGAAAAAGAAAAUGAUGCCCAAGGAUUUUACCAGAAGAGGGAGGAGGGUGCUCAAACACCUAUCUCAGACAAACCCCUCCAAAGCUCACCUGCUUCAACAAUCAGAAGUAGCAGUACCCUGGAAAAUGCCUGGCACAGCAGCCCGUCUUCAAUAAAAACAUCCCGAAAUGGGACGCUAACAAGGAGGACAUUGCCUCCGGAGUUUGCUAGGUCUCCGCUUGCUCACAUGGACAUGACUGCUGCAGAAAGGAGGGCCAGCUUCCAGAAGAGAGACUCCAGAGAAGGAAGCCCCUGGUCCUGGAAGACCAUUGCAUCACGUGAGGUGACAGAAGUUACCGAGGUGACAGAGACGACUGUGACAGAGAUUGUGGAAGUGACAGAGUAUCCGGUAGGAGAUAAAGGAGGAAACCCCAUAGUCACCAGAACCGUUAGAGUCCUGAACGGUGAAGCAGUGGAGCUUUCUGAGCUGCAGAGUGAUGGACAGUCAAGUGCAGACCAAGAUUCCAGUUUGGACAGGUGGAGGGGAACUCAAACUCAGUUGUCACUCAGGGAUGCUUCCACAAAUUCUGAAACGUUUUUUCAGAACCUGGAAACUUUGGUUACAUGGGUCAGUGAGAUAGAGGAGCUCACAGCCAAUCAGAAACCUCCAUCCUCAGAGGUCAAAGUGGUGAAAGCACAACUUCAAGAACAGAAGUUCCUGCUGCGCCUCCUGACAGAUCGAAGGCGUAGUAUGGAUUCUGUGAUGGUCGAGGGUCCUUGGGUGGUGGAGGCUCACCCAGGAGAAGAGGGGGAGCAGGCAAAAGUCAAGCUCGCCACUCUUCAACAGAAGUGGGAGGCCCUACAGUUAGAGGCAGAAAAAAGGAGGGAAUGUCUGGAGCUCAUUCUACCGAAAGCCCAGCAGUUCCAGGAAGGAGUAAACAGCCUACAGCAGGACUUCAUAUCUGUUGAACAGAGGCUAGCCGAGCUGAGAAAUGCAGAGAGAGUGAUGCCCCAUCUGUCGGAUGCCACAGCUAAGGCCAAAGUUGUUGUUGAAGAGAUUCAGGUCCAAAUGGCUGAACUUGGGAAAGUAAAGAUGUCUGGUCAAGCUUUAAUGGACGCAGUUUCAGUGGAGGAAGCCCAACAGGUACAGGAGAAGAUGGAUGCUCUGCGUAUUCGUUGCUCUGUGCUAAACCUGAGCAGUAUGGAUGUGCUGCAGAGGUUGGAGCAGGCCCUAGAAGCCUCCAGCCGCUGCACUUCAAGCCAGGAGGACCUUCACCUGUGGCUGGGCCGCAUCGAGAGGGAGCUGUUGGGAGCUGCAGGAGCAUCUACCCAUGUAGGAGAUGCAGUACUAUGUGCAGCUGAGAAACAGAGGUUGGAAAAGGCUGUGGUAAAGGAGAUGGCUUGGUUCAAAGACACAGCACACAAUCUUGAAAAGCUUAAAAUAAUUAAUCUGGACCCCACUGUCAUAGCAGAACAACUCAACGAACAGAAGAUCUUAGCAGUAGAGAUCCUUCAACACAAAUUCAAUAUUGAGAAGAUGGUCAAGAUUGCUGAAAUCUUGAUGACUUAUAGUGACGAAGGAGUAGCAGGGGAUCUUCAGAUGCCACUAGAAGCCCUACAGGAACAGUGCAACACCACCUCAGCCACCAAUGCGCACGUGGUCCUGCAGCUCGAACAUGCCCAGUCUCUUCUUGCCCAAUUCUCCGAGGGCUUUUCUGAGGUCUCUCCUUGGCUGGAAGAAACUCAGAAGCUUAUUGGCCAGCUCUCCCUGACCACAAUUAGCUAUGAAGCAUUCAGGGAACAACAGGACCUCUUACAGGGUCUCAGAGAGUCUAUAGCAGAACAUCGACCAUUGAUUGCACGCUUGUGCAUUCUAGCUAAACGCUUGUCAGAACUGAACCCUGUUCAGGGUGAAGAGUUCUCUCUAAAGGCAACAAAGGCUGAGGAGCAACACAAAGCCAUCAGACAAAAUGUCAGAGAAACCUCGAGUCUCCUUGACGAGUCUUUACCACGCUUUACACAAUUGAAUGACAGGAUGACCCUUAUCAGAGAGAGUCUUGACCACCUAUGCAGUCGCAGACAGACGUCCACAUCUCUUCAAGGUCUCACACCAAGGAUCCAGGAACAGCUCCACGACAACAAGCAAACCCUUAUUGAGCUGUCCAAGCUGGAGCUGGGUCUCAACAGUGUCAAAGGGCAGGCAGACGAACUGCUGGCAAACACUCAUGCAGCAGGGGACAAUUCAAUUGGCACAGCGAUUCAGAGUCAAGUGUCCACCCUGUCCCAGAUGUGGGAUGAGACUCAUAAACGGGCUCAGGAGAGGGAGAGCUGGUUGCUGAAGCUUCUGGAUCUUGCCUUGAAGUAUUGGAGUGAUGUCAGCGAAAUGACAAGUGCCCUUAAUGAUGCUCAGCAGGCCAUUUUGGAUCUUAAUGCAUGUCUAACAGAUUCUGAAACAAUCCGCCAAAGCCUUGAGAGCAUGCAGUCACUUAGGGAGGAUAUAGACAGCUUGCAAGGAGACCUGGACAUUCUUGGUGUUCUGGGAAUGGACCUGAUGUCAGCAUGUGGAGAUACAGACAAACCAGACAUCACAAAGAGCAUGGAUGAACUCUAUAGCACAUGGAACAACUUAGGCAAACUUUGGACCGACUGUCACAAGAAACUAGAGGACUCCCUGCAGAUGGCGCUUCAUUAUCAAGAUACCAUGCAGGGCCUGUUUGAGUGGUUAAAGUCAGCUGAGUUGAGAUCUACAGAGGAGUUUAUUGUAGGAACUGACCUGGAAGCCAUCAAAGAGCAGCUAUGUGAUCUUAAGGAAUUCAAGCGAGAACUGUACCAGAAGAAGAUUGAGAUUGAAAGUCUGAACCAUCGCUUUGUGUGCCGGUUGUCUCCAGGCUCAUUGUCUCCUCUGUCCGACUUUAGACAGCGAUGGGAUAGCCUCGAGUCUGAGACUGUGAACAGACAGCAUCAGUUAGAGUGCGCUUUGCUGGGUCUGGGUCAGUUCCAAAACACACUGGAUGAGCUCCACACAUGGCUUUCCAGAACCGCUGAACAACUGCAUGGCAACCAGCCGAUCAGCAUGGACCUGCAGACCUGUGAAAUAGAGCUAGCUAAGCACAAGGUGUUGCGCAAUGAUGUCAUGUCUCAUGUUCGCACUAUUGAGUCUCUCAACCAGGCUGGCAGGAAGCUGCUGGAGGCUGGGUCUGGGGACAGCACACAUGGUCUGCAGUCUCAGUUGGAGCAAGUGAAUGAAAGUUGGGAGUUUGUCCGCUGCGAGACUGAACACAGGCAGCUGGAAUUAGAGAACAGACUAAGUCAGGUGCAAGAUGUUACCAUGGAGAUUCAGGAUCUUAUACAGUGGCUGGAAAACACAGACCUCAGGCUGUCCUCUUCUAAAACUACCUGGGGCAUGCCAGAUCCUACAAUUGAAAGGCUUAAUGCACAUUUGGAGUUGUGUAAUGAGAUGGAGUCUAAAGUUCAAGCCUACACAAAUGUGAGGAAUGCCAUUCAUGGGAUGCUGGAGCGAGGAGACCUUGUGCAGGGGUCGAACACUGAGCACAGCUUAUCUAUACUUGAGCAAAAGUGGUCAUCUGUUUACAGCAAAGUCCAGGAGCGGAAAGCUAAGCUUACAGAGGGUUUGAGUCUGGCCAAAGAGUUUCACAGCAGUGUCCAAGAACUUUUAACAAAGAUGAGCGAGUGUGAAGAGUCUAUUAAGGGUCUUCCUGCUCCAAGUUUUGUUCUGGAUACAGUUUCCAAUCAGCUGCAAGAGCAUAAGAUCCUGUUGAAUGAGUUAAAUGGCUACAGUGAGAAGAAGACCUCAGUGGAGAGUACAGGUUGUAGGCUAACAGAGCUGAGCAGGAAGGAAGACUGUGAUGUUAUUCAUAACUUAAUAAUAACAGUUCAGGAUCGAUACAAGAAGCUCCUGCAGCAAACAUCAGAGAGAGGCAGGAUGCUGGAAGAUGUUAAAAAGCACGUUAAACAGUUUAUUGAAUCUUGGCGCCUCCUUGUGGACUGGAUGACAGAGGUUGAACAAACAUUGGAUACACAUAAGGAGAUUGGAUCAUCCCAUGAGGAGAUAAAGCAGCAACUCGUAGAACAGAAGGAGUUUCAGAAACUGCUAAGAUCGAAAAGGCCCAUAUAUGACGCAACGCUGAAGAGCGGCCGCAGUCUCCAUGAAAGAGCUCAAGGCAACCAUGACAGGCAGCAUCUGGAAAACCUACUGGCUGAACUUAAAGACACAUGGGACACCAUAAGUGGCAAGUCCAUUGAGAGACAACAUAAGCUGGAGGAAGCACUGCUGUUCUCAGGAAGGUUCACUGAUGCUUUGCACGCACUCAAUGACUGGUUGUACAGAGCAGAGCCCCACCUAGCCGAGGAUGUUCCUGUUGGUGGAGACAAAGACAUGGUCACCAACCUCAUAGACAAACAUAAGACUUUCCAGAAGGAGUUGGGAAAACGAGCCGGAUGCAUAAGGACCCUGAAGCGCUCUGUGAGGGACCUGACCAGGAGCAGCACGGCAGACGCUCACUGGCUGCAGGAGCAGAUGGAGGAACUGGAGGGCCGCUGGGAGGCUGUGUGCAAACUGUCAGUGAGCAAACAGGACAGGCUGGAAGCUGCUCUUCAGCAGGCUGAGAAGUUUGACGGUCUUGUUCACUCUUUCAUGGAGAGGCUCACAGAAGCGGAGAGGAUCCUGAAAUACGGGGUCAUACCAGAGGAGGAGGAUAGUUUGCUUAUCUUCCAGAAACAACACAAGGAGUCACUACAUUCCUUGCAUUCUCAAGCGGUGGAACUGGUAAACAUCCAGAAUUUGGGUGAGGUGAUACUGGCCUCCUGUCACCCAGACUCCAUAAUAACCCUCAAAUCUUGGAUCAGUGUCACUAAGACUCGCUAUGAUGAGGUUCAGACAUGGGCCAAGCAGCAGGGUCAGAGGAUUCAUGUCAGCUUAGCAGCACUGGAAGCAGAAAAAGAAGAAGUUCAGAGACUUUUAGACUGGAUCUCAUCAGCAGAGGAGUCUCUCGUCCUCAGAGAGGAAGAGCCUGUAUCUGAGACAACAGAGCAGAACCAAGAAUUUAUUGAGCAGCACAUGGUAUUCAUGGAGGAAAUGAAGAAAAAAAUACCAGAGAUUGAACAUGCCACAAAAUCCUGCAAACACAAGAGCAUUCCCAAACAUCAAGGUUCCCCCAUCAGGCGGCAACUUGCAAAGAGGAGGAGCACUAUGAAGCUGCCACCUGUCAUACCGGUCCCCUUAGAGCACCUUGACCCUCAGACCCCACAGCUCAUUCAGCUGGUCAGUCAGUGGCAGAAACUUUGGCACAUGGCUGUAGCGAGAAGGAAUCGCUUGGAACAACACCAGCUGAUGCUCAGAGAGAUGGAGGAAUUUGCUAACUUUGACUUCAAUAUCUGGCGAAAGCGUUACAUACAGUGGAUUAGUCAUCUGAAGUCACGGAUCUUAGAUGUGUUCCGUAGCAUUGACCGGGACCAGGAUGGGCGGAUCAGCCGGAAGGAGUUCAUUGAUUAUGUCCUUGCCUCAAAAUUUCCAACCAACUCUCUGGAGAUGACUGCAGUGGCAAACAUUUUCGACUUGAACAAUGACGGAUUCAUUGACUACUAUGGGUUUGUGAGUGCUCUCCAUCCUAGCAGAGACCCCUAUAGGAAAGCACUGGAUGCAGAUCAAAUUAAUGAAGAGGUGAGUCGACAGGUAUCACAGUGUAACUGCCCCAAGAGAUUCCAGGUGGAGCAAAUAAGUGCCAACAGAUACAGGGUGAGUCCUUUUUGUAGACACAAAUUUAUUACAAGUCUCUUAGAUCAAUCCAAACCUUUAAAACAUGUUCUCCAAAAAAUGUCAAGUUUGAAGGUUACCCAGCUAUAAAAUGUGACUUGCAAAAGUAUUCACAACACUUGAACUUUUCUAUAUCUAAUAUUUAUCAGUUGACACAAAAAAUGAUUUUAAAUGGAGUAAAAGAGUAAUGCCAUCUGGUGGAAUGAAGGCGUAUUUGAGUUUUCUUCACAACCUACCCAUACAUAAUUAGGCUGAUUUAAAUAAAUGGUCUGUGGCCUCUCUUGGUAAUAGAAAAAGAACGUACGAGAUUCCCUGGGAUUCUAUUACCUGGGUAAAACAAAUCCUUACCUUUUGGUGGAAACAGGGCUAAUGUUGAUUUUCGCAAGGUGAACUUUGAGUAAAGCUAAUCCGGAUAGACGGCCAAAAUGAGCUUCCUAUGUGGGGUGUCCAAAAUCAGCCUCACAAAUAGGGUUAGGAGCUCUGUCAUCUGGUUCAAGCUCAAAGUAGAGUCGCUCCUUCGCAUCAAAGGAGCUCGUUGAGGUGGUUCAGGUA